UAUCCGGUAAUAAAAUAUAGAUACUGUACUUCUAGUUUUUCCAGCCAUGUGUGACUUUGAGAAAAUCAUUUAAAUUCUUUGUUUUGGUCCUGUCACUAUAGAUCAGGAGAAAAGAAAGAAUGAUACCAGCCCUGCCUCAUCUUUCCAGGGUUGCUGUGACACUGGAAUAAGACUAUGAGUUUAGGAAAUUUUCAGGGGUAAGAAUGAUACAAAGCUUACUUAAUUUUGUAUCUCAGACUAACCUGAUAUAAAAUCACCACUAACAAUGUCUGUAAAGAACUUUGCUCAGUGACUGGGAUGCAGUAAAGGCUCACAGAACGUUGGCUAUUAGCAUCCAGGCUCUUUGUGUUUCCAAUUAUCCAAGGAUGACAUGGCAGUCUAUUAUUGGCUGACCAAUCUCUUCAUUAGGUAAAAAGCACUUAGAGGUCCUGCCAACCAUUCCAUAGAUCCUAGAUCUAAUGUAAAUCAUUCCCUGACUGUCAAAAUGACUGCUCAAUGAAUGCUUUACAUUUCCCCAUUUCCUUAGCUCAGACCUGCUGAUCACAACAACCAGGCCAAGCUGGUGAUGAUGGCGGAGUGAUGAAAUAGUGAACCCAGGGAAAGAUGAAGCUAAUGUAACAAAGAGGGGAGGGGCUGAAGAAAAGUAUAAGUAGGGGGCUUAUUAUAUUAGGGGGCUUAUAUAUUAGGGGGCUCAGAGCAAACCUGGGCACACCGUCUUCCUGAACUAAGGUGUUCCAGAGAAACUACUGAACUGGGAGCUCCAUACUCUGCUGAUCUUCUGCCCCUCACAAAGGGAGACUAUGAAGUUUACCUUCUGUUUGAGUGUCCUUGCUGGGACGCUCUUCUCCGCUCACUCGUCUGUGCAGAAAGACGACCCUUCCCCCUACCUGGCCUACCUCAAGUCUCACUUCAACCCCUGUGUGGGCGUCCUCAUCAAAAGCAACUGGGUGCUGGCCCCUGCUCACUGCUACUUACCAAAUCUGAAGGUGAUGCUGGGAAAUCUCAGGGUCAGAGUCAGAGAUGGGACAGAGCAAACAAUUAACCCUAUCCAGAUUAUCCGCUACUGGAACCAUAGUCAUAGUUCGCCCCAAGAUGACCUCAUGCUUAUUAGGCUGGCUAAGCCCGCCACCCUCAACGAAAAAGUCCAGCCCAUUGCCCUCGCCACCAGCACCGUCAAGCCAGGCACCAUCUGCAUGCUUUCAGGUUUGGACUGGAGCCAAAACAACAAUGGCAGACACCCUGAUUUAAGGCAGAACCUGGAGGCCCCUGUGAUGUCCAACACAGCCUGCCAGGAAACCGAACAAGGAAAAAGCCACAGAAACUCCAUAUGCGUUAAAUUUCUAAAAGUGUUCAGUCGAAUUUUUGGGGAGGUGGCCGUUGCUACUGUCAUCUGCAAAAACAAGCUGCAGGGGAUCGAGGUCGGACACUUCAUGGGAGGGGAUGUGGGCAUCUACACCAACGUUCAGAAAUAUAUCACCUGGAUUGAGAGCACCACUAAAGACAAAUGAGACCAUUUUCUCCCUAAGCGUCCCAGUGGCUCUGCCAUGGACGAUACCAACCACAACUUACCCCACAUUCAAAAUAAAACGUCCAAAUAGAAAUAUUUGGAUUUACCACACCA